AUGCCCUUGCCAUCCCUUUCUGGCAACGAAAAAAACCACCAAGAUAAUCGACACUCUGCUGCUAAUUUGCACGAUGCACAGCGCAACUGCAGGCGGCCGAUGCGAUCAGAUGGAAGGAAGCGGUUUAUUCGAUGGUCGUUUUCAGGCUGCUGGAUGAAUGCAGGGGCAUCUUCAGUGCAGCGACAGUUAAAGGAGGACUGGGAUAAUCGCAGCUACGCGCAGGAAAUCUCCGACAAUAUCCGACACACUGCCGACUUCCUCAGCAACUUUGAAUUAUCUUGUCGAAGCAAAAUUGCAGCGUUGAGUGAUAAGAUUUCUCUUCUGGAACGAAAAGUGGAGUUCUUGGAGGCUAGAGUAAGUUGCUUACGAAAGGGUUUUCUGGUUGCAUCCACACUGCACGAUUCUGGUCAUGGCCUGAACAGCCCUUACUUGUCCUGUGCAUUUAUAAACCAGCAACUGAAAAAUUAA